GAAACGCAGUUCGCAACUGCGUUCUACGCUGCGGUUGGCAGGGUUUAGGGUUUACGUCGUAAUCGUCUCUCUCGUAGUACUCGUGGUGCUCACGGACAUCGAAGAAGCCCACGAGCACCGAGUGGAUAAGAUUCUGCGGAAUCAAGCGCUCAGCGCAGCGAAGCUCUCUCUCUGUCUGUCAAUGGAAGCUGUGCUCGCGUUGAAUUGACAGCCCGGCCUCGAGCGAAGGAAGAAGGACAGCAGCGGAGCGCAAGAAUGGCGUCGGCUGCUGCCACCGCCAGCUUCUUGGGUCUACGCGCUCCACCGCGCGUGCCCCAGUGCGUUUCGUGCCCUUCGUGGCGUGCAUCGGCCUCGAUUCCUCGUCAUGCGCGGCCGGUUUGUCAAUUGUCCGCAGCUGUGGGUCGGCCGCCUGUUUUUCAGUCUGUGAGGAUUGCGGGGACGCUGGGCGAGAGGACGCAGAAGCUUCAGCGGUUCAGGGCUCGUUCGGAUGAAUUCGAGCUCGAAGAUGAAGUGGAUUUUGAGAUGGACAGGCCGGAGCUUGGCGAGGAUGAGGAAGAUGAUAUGCGUGACUACGAAGCGGAAUAUGAAUCGAUUGCGGGGUAUACGACAUUGCAGCGCGGUGAAAGCGAUACGUUUAUGAGUACCGAGGGCGAGGAGGAGGAGACUGUAGUGGACUGGAAAAUCAACGAGGACGAAUUCCACAAAAUGAGCUUAUUCAAUUGCGACUUUUUUAUCAGGAAGAUUUCGGACCCAGAUGAUGAUGUCUAUGAUUUUCGAGAGAUGUAUGUGACUCCUCCAGACACAGAUACGUAUUCUAUUCCCAAGGUCGUUGGGACGAUGCCCAAGAAGCCCGUGAGGUGUACAGCAAGCAGGUACGAAUACAUUCAUACUACAGAACCGCCUGUGGAUCAGCCACGCGCUCCACUUUAUAAAACCGAUAUGGAAUGUAUGAAGAUAUUUCUCAUGAGGCAUUUGAAAGACAGGCGCACAGAUCAUGAGAAGUUCAUUCUGGAUUUCGAAGAGAUAUAUGUCAUUGACUCCAAGUCAAAAUCUAUCACUCGGGCCGAAGUCAAAGUUGAAGUUCCCGGGGGCAAAAACCGCGACAGGAGUCAGGAGGUUUUGAUCGUACGAGAUGAUGGAAACACUUUUAAAAUUAUACCAGAGGAAGAGCAAAUGACUCCAGAUGAGGUUAUAGGAGCUAUGCAAUGGGAGAAAACUCGUGAGAACAUGGAGAACUAUUUGCGAGGAUUUAGGGACUAUGAAACAUCCAACUGGUUUUAAGUUUCGUCGUCGACAUCAAUGUAAUAUAAAUAUUACCAAUUACUCAAUUUUGACAGUAGGAAGGCUACCUUGAUCGUUCUUAGAGGAAAACAACGGUAGCAGAGCAUCUUUUCGUCAGUAUGGCACAGCUCGGGUAGGAUUAGCCUUCGUUAAAAGAAGCCUGGAAGCCAUGAGUAUCCGGUCAUGUUCGUGAGGAACUUAAUAGCUUAGGUGGAAGGCAAAGAAGGCCCUUCUUGGGGGCUGGAGCCAUAACACUCAAGAAGAGCUAGUAUUUUAAUCUUGUGUCAAAAUAUACGGGCUAAGGGACAUUUCAGGUUAAUAUUGACCACUGUUACGUCCCAAAUUGGGACUACCCUCUUGAAAGCUCUUUCUUUCAAGAAUCGUCAGCCAUCUUGGGUCACCAUUCAGACAUCACGGCAGCUUUCGAAAGCUGCCGUGGUGUCGUGUUCACAGGCGAAGGUAUAAACUCGAAUGGUAGCCCUCAAAAGCUACGGAAGUUCUCGCUGCAUUGAUCAGCAAAUUAUGAAACAGGUUUGUUGAUGCAUGUUACUUCAGAUAUCUAAACGUUUUCUAAGCACAAGCCAAAUCCUAGUAGCAUGGAGGAGUAAGGUGUGAUCAAGCAGCUUGAACGGUGAACAGUGACUUGAUUAUUCCGUGUUUUCGGGCCAUGUAAAUGGCAUGAACAUGAGGAGCUUAUAUCAACGACUACAUAAGAAUGAGAGCUCGAAAUGUCUGUCCGUGCUAUGUUUCC